AUGCCCUCAGACCACCCACCCGCCCCGGCCUACACCGCAACCCCAGGCUCAAUCCUCCAUCCCAACAAACCCCUCUACGACUCCAUCGCCCAAGCCAACCGCACUCUCACCACCUCCUUCACGCUCCCCAUCCGCUCCGGCCGCGCCUGGACCGUCCCCGCCGGCCACAUCCUCCGCAUCUCGACCCCAGAAGGACCCCAGGUCGGCGACCUGAACCUCUGGAACCUGCACAACCCGCGCGAACGCUUCUGGGCCGCGCGCACGCGCCAGCUGCACGCGAGCCACGUGUCGACGUACGAUCGGCUCUGGAGCACGUUGCCGUAUUUGAGGCCGAUGGUGACUAUCAUCCGCGACUCUUUAGGACCGGCAUACGGCGUCGACAAAUGGAACGGCCGCGUGCACGACCUCCUCGGCACGCGCUGCGACCCCUACGUGAACAAGAUGCUCUCGGGCGACUCGUACGACUACCACUGCCACUCGAACCUCGUGCGGGCCGUGCUGCCGUACGGCCUGACGGAGUUUGAUGUGCAUGAUGUGUUGAAUGUGUUUCAGGUGACUGGACUCGAUGCGCAGGGCAGGUAUUUCAUGGAGGCGUGUCCUGCGCAGGAGGGGGAUGCGAUUGAGUUUUUUGCUGAGAUGGAUUUGCUUUGUGCGUUGAGUACGUGUCCGGGGGGCGAUUUGAGUGUUUGGGGGUGGGGGGAGGGUGGGGAGGGGGAAGAGGGGGAGGGGGAGAAGAAGGGGAAGAGUAUGCUUGAGGUUUGUCGGCCGUUGAAGGUGGAGGUUUUUCGGGUGGAGGAUGAGGGGGUGUUGGAGGGGUGGGUGAGGCCGGAGGUUCCUGCUUAUAGGGGGGCUCAUGGGAUGGCGGUGCCGGAGGGGGAGAAGCAGGGUUGA